GUAUAUUUGCAGUGUGUGGUGUCUACCUGAAGAACGUUUUACUUUAAAAGGAAAGAUGCUGUCUCCAAGUGAUAAAAAGUUAGAAAAGCUGGAUCCAUUUUAUCGACCUUCAGUGUCCAAGCAGAAGACCAGUGCAGAAAUCAUAAAUGAGGCUCGAAACGCACUGAGAACAGUUAGAACUCAAAGGCCAUUUACGCCACAGGAAGACCAAAGAAAGCUAUUUGGACCUAAAUCUUCAAGAACACCAGAAAAUAGACCUCCUUCUUCCUUCAGCCUCCACGCAUCCAGCUUUGAAUCACCUGAUUCAAGGCCUAUCUCUGGCGCACGUCUCAGUCCACUAGAGCUUAAACCGAAAACUCCAACAUCUCCCACCGCAGAGGAGGAUUCCUUCCUUUCCUUGCCUAAACCCCCAGUGGACCCUGCGAAAAUUCGAAGAAUAAGCAGUGCCCGGGCACGCUUAUUCAGGGCGGCCUCACAGGGGGCGCUGCUGCCGGACCGAACCCUUCCUGCUGCUGAAUCAAAGAAGACAGUGAAAUCCGAAGAAACAGUUACGAUGGGGGACUCUAUGGUGAAAAUAAAUGGGAUUUAUUUAUCAGAAUCAAAUGCCGUUGGCAACUUAAAGAGUCACCCACUCCAGUUAACUUAUGAUGGAGGCUUCAGUGAAAUCAAGGAGCAAGAAAUGUUCAAAGGGACAACAUCCUUACCAUCUCUUCUCAGAAGUGGAGGGGACCAGGAGAGGAGGCGUGCCCGGGCCUCGUCUUGCCCCAGCCACUCGGACCUGAGCCGACUAGAAACCACAGGCUCAAAAGCCGACUUGCAAGAAAAGGACACAGAAAAAGAAGUAGAUGAAGUCUUCUGGAAUACAAGGAUUGUACCGAUUUUGCACGAAUUAGAGAAGGAAGAAAACAUUGAAACUGUUUGUGCUGCUUGCACACGACUUCACCAUGCUUUAGAGGAAGGAAACAUGCUUGGAAAUAAGUUUAAGAGAAGAAGUAUUCUCCUGAAGACCCUAUAUAAACUAGUUGAUGUUGGUUCAGACUUGCUCAGCCUAAAACUUGCAAAAAUUAUUCUAGCACUUAAAGUGAAUAGAAAGAAUCUUCUUAAUGUCUGCAAACUUAUAUUUAAAAUUAGCCGGAGUGAGAAGAAUGAUUCUCUGAUUCAAAACGACAGCAUUCUGGAGUCAUUGUUGGAGGUCCUGAGCAGAGAAGACCUGCAAAUGAACACCGAAGCUUUUUUGUACUGUGUGGGGGCUCUAAAAUUCAUUUCUGGAAACACAGGAUUUCUUAAUGAAAUGAUCAGCAAAGGUGCUGUGGAAAUAUUGAUGAAUUUGAUAAAGCAAAUAAAUGACAAUACCAUGAAGUGUGGGGUGUGUUUGCCUGAUUCAGGCCACUUGUUAGUUCAGGUGACUGCUACAUUGAGAAACUUGGCUGAUUCACCACUAGCAAGAAGGAAGUUUCUGAGCAUUGGUGCCCUUCCUGACCUAUGUACCGUGACAGAGCAGUACUUGGAUGACAAGGAUGUCUGUAACAAUAUUGCCAGAAUAUUCAGCAAACUUACUUCUUACCAUGAUUGCUGUGCAGCCUUGGCCAACUAUUCCAGAUGUUAUGCCUUGUUUCUGAAUCUGAUAAACAAAUACCAGAAGAAGCAGGAUUUAGUCAUUCGUAUUGUCUUCAUUCUUGGCAACCUGACAGCGAAAAAUAACCAAGCUCGCGAACAGUUUUUCAAGGAGAAGGGGUGCAUCCGAACUCUGUUUUCGCUAUUCCAAACAUUCCACAAACUCGAUCUGAAUUCACGGAAGCAGGUGGGUGACGGAGGGGCACAGGCCAAGCCGCAGAGGCAGCCGUCGGGCGUGGAGGACGUGCUCAUCAAGCUGACGCGCGUGCUUGCCAACAUAGCCAUCCACCCGCACAUCGGCCCGGCGCUGGCCGCCAAGCCGCAAGUGGUGGGCCUGCUGCUCACAACCCUGGAAUACAAGUCAAUUGAUGAUUGUGAGGAGUUGGUGAUCAAUGCUACAGCAACAAUCAACAAUUUGUCUUACUACCAAGUGAAAAACUCCAUAAUUCAUGACAAAAAGCUGUAUAUUGCUGAAUUGCUCUUAAAGCUUCUGGUCAGUAACAACAUGGAUGGAAUCCUGGAGGCUGUGCGUGUGUUUGGAAAUCUCUCCCAGUACCGUGAUAUCUGUGAUUUCAUUGUGCAGAAAAAUGUACACAAGUUCAUGAUUGCACUGCUGGAUGCGAAGCACCAGGAUAUUUGCUUUUCUGCCUGUGGUGUUCUCCUAAAUCUCACUGUGGAUAAGGACAAACGGGUCAUUCUAAAAGACGGAGGCGGCAUUAAAAAGUUAGUGGAUUGCUUAAAAGAUUUUGGUCCUUCUGAUUGGCAGCUGGCCUGCUUGGUUUGCAAAACGUUAUGGAACUUCAGUGAAAAUAUCACUAAUGCUUCAUCAUGUUUUGGAGAUGAAGACACCAACACACUCUUAGUCCUAUUGUCAUCAUUUUUAGAUGAAGAACUAGCACUGGAUGGCAGUUUUGACCAAGACCUAAAAAACUAUCACAGAGUCCACUGGGAAACAGAAUUCAAACCUGUGGCACAGCAGCUUCUAAACCGAAUUCAGAGUCAUCACACCUUCCUGGAACCCCUGCCCGUUCCUUCUUUUUAACGUGAGGCAGAUUAACAACAGAAACAGGAAGUCAGGUCUCCGUCAUUCUUAAAAAGCAAUAAUAAAUGUGAACUUUUUUUCCCCCAGUAUUAACCAAUAUUGAAAAGUUUUCCAGGUACUGAUUUUAGUGAGUAGCUAAGAAUUUUAAAAGAAAAAAAGCAUUUCCCCUUGUUAGCUAUUAUGGAAAAAUGAAUAUACAACAUGUUAUUCUUUCUACUGUGAGCAAUGUAAGUUGAAAAUACAUGCAGAGUUUUUCUAAGCAAGAGCCUUUUUUUCCCUAUUCUCUAUUAAAUAAUUUAGUUUCAGUCUUUAAAUCCUGGUUUAACAGUUCUAGAAUUUAAAUGGUGGUCAGUUCAUUAGUUAAGUGAACUGUGCAAUGUAGACCAUUAGACUUUGUGUAUAAAAAGAAUGGUGUUCAGUACAAAUGGAACACAUUACUAUAUAAGCACCUGCACUAAUUCUUAACACAUGUAAAAAUAAACUUUCUGAGUAAGUACUGGUAUUUUUCUGGUUCUCAUAUUAAGAGGAAUAAGCAGAUAUAAGUUAGAGAAGACUGCUUUGGGCCAUCUACUCUAUUAAUAAUAAGUAAUAUAGA